GGAUUCGCUUGACCUAAAUAAAGAGGAUGGAGGAGGAGGCGUGUGAUGCCUGGUUCCAAGCGCGGGGACUGGUGGCGCACCAGCUCGACUCGUUCAAUCGCUUCUGCGGCGCAGGUGCGCAUUCGCUGGCCCUCCUCUUUGGCUCCCCCGCCCACUUCACCGACAUCAAGGGCGAGGUGAGGAUGGCAGCCAUGCCGCCAUGCCGCGACCCCGUGCCCGCGCUCACCACCAUCCGUAUCCGCAACCUAGUCCUCCACAAGCCCGCAGAUGCCACCACAGGCCGCCCCCUCUUCCCACGCGAGGCGCGCCUCAGGGGCAUCACGUACUCGGCGCGCCUCUGCGCGGACGUUGAGCUCCAGGUGGGUAUGGUUGACGCGGUCGCAGGAGAGCAGCGCAACCCCGUCGUCAACCGCGUCUUCCCAGCCGUGCACAUUGGCGACAUACCCAUCAUGGUCAACUCCCUGCUCUGCAACGGUCACGACGCCGAUGCCUUCGACUGUGGAGGCUACUUCAUCGUCAAGGGUGUCGACAAGGUAGUGCUUGCUCAGGAGCUGGUGUGGCCACAGGCGCUGCGCGUCCUGUGCCCCAAGACCGGCUCGGAUAACUGGAGAGUGGAGCUGGAGCAAGUCAAGGUGGAGCUGGAGCGCGGCGAUGGCGUCUUGUUACUGUCCGCGCCAGGGCUGGACACCAUUCCGCUGGUGAUCGUAUUGGCGGCCCUCGGAGUGUCGACGGACAGGCAGCUACUGGAGGUGAUGGUCCAUGACACUCAAGACGUGGAGCUGACGGAGCUGGUGCGGCCGUCCAUCGUGCAUGCUAGGGAGCAGAUGCAAGAGUUUGUUAACAGCAGCGGUGUCCACGGCGGCGGCAGGGACGUUACAAGCGUGGCUGUGGAGCUUGUGGGGAGCAGGAUCAAGUCGGUCACACCCUUGGCAGGCCCUGCACAAGAGAAGCUUGGCAGCUUGCUGUGCAACACGAGCAGCAGCAGGCCGGCAGACAAGGCUCUGCUGAUGGGCUACAUGGUGCGUUGCCUGUGCCUGUGCGUGGUGGGGAGGAGCACGGCGGACGAUAUCCACAGCUUGAAGAACAAGAGGGUGGACUUGGCCGGGGACUGCAUGUUCAAGCAGAUGAGACACUUGAGCGCUCGCUUCAGAAAGACGACGCUCAAGAGGGUGCUCAAGCAUGUGGAGGCUGGGGGACUAGAUUGCCUCACGGACAAUCUCAUCGUGGACAAGUCUGUCAUCACCAAUGGGCUGCGUGCGGCCUUUUCCACGGGGAUCUGGUCCCUCAACAGGUAUUCCUCUUGCACAAGUGGGGUUGUCGCCACCCUGCAGCGGGACAAUCCCAUGCACACCCUCUCUCAGUUGCGGCAGCUACGCUCCGCAUCGCGCUUUGUUGCCAACGCUGCUAGACUUCCGAACGCGUCCCACUAUGGCAGGAUAUGUCCCGUGGAAACUCCUGACGACCACCUCGCUAAGACCAUGGCAGUCUUCGCCACCGUGUCUGCUCCCAGGAGCCACGACAAUGUCUUGGAGCAGCUCUCCCACUGCCAAAUGCAAAGCUCCCAGGGGCCGUUGGUGGGGUGGGACAAUGUGUUUGUGAAUGGGCAAUGGGUGGGAGCGACGGACAAGCCAGGCACGCUGCUGCAGGCAAUGCGGAACCUACGGCGCAACAAGUUAAUCCAUCCAGAGACCGAGCUGGCUCGGGCUCCCAGCCGGGCGGAGAUACGGAUUUUCACCGAUGGUGGCCGCUUGCUGAGACCCCUCCUGGUGGUUGACAAGCAACGGGUGCUUUUGUCGACACGGGAGCACAGGCGCGAGCUGCGGGCCAGGCCUGCGCACGAGAGAUUCGACUACAUGCUCGACACCGGCUUGGUGGAGCUCUUGGGAGCUCAAGAGGAGAGCAAUGCCGUGAUCGCGGUGACACGCAGGGAGGCCGAGAGUAGCAGCAGUUUCACUCACGUGGAGAUGCAUCCGGCGUCCCUCCUGGGGGUGAGCGCAAGCGCCAUACCUUUCCUCAACCACAACCAGAGCGCCAGGGUCACACACCAAGCGCAGAAGCACGGGAAGCAGGCCAUUGGAUUCUACACGUGCGACAUCUUGUCCAGAAUGGAUACCAACGUGAGGCAGCUCUACUACCCGCAGCAGCCCCUGGUGUGCACACGCCUGGCGCAGCUCCUGGCCAGGCCCGAGCUCGCAAACGGAGUCAACUGCGUUGUAGCGGUUGCCUGCUAUGGUGGAUACAACCAGGAGGACUCGCUCAUCCUCAACCAGUCGUCGCUCGACAGGGGCCUGUUCCGCUCCACUCACUUCCGUGUCCACAGGGCCACCCUCGACUAUAGCUCCUCGGACAUACGCUUUUGUAGGCCGGAGACGGAAGUUGCGCGGAGCAACAGUGAUGGCAUUGACAAGCUGGACAGUGAUGGCCUGCCUUUCAUUGGUGCCGAGAUGAAGGCGGCAGACGUGGUUAUAGGGAAGGCGGGGCGGAGGCAAGCUUCCAAGCUUGUAGACCACAGCAGCAAGCUCCGGAAGCUGGAGCAGGGGUGGGUGGACCAGGUGGUGUGCAGUGGCGGCGACGAGGAAGGGGAGAGGCACGUCAGAGUUAGGCUUCGAGAGGCCCGAUGUCCGCAAGUCGGGGACAAAUUCAGCAGCAUGCACGGGCAGAAGGGUGUGGUCGGUAUGAAGCUGAGGCAGGAGGAGCUCCUCUUCACCCAGCAGGGGAUCGUGCCGGACGUGGUGAUCAACCCGCAUGCAUUCCCCAGCCGACAGACACUUGCUCAGAUGCUCGAGAGCGUGGUGGGGAAGGCGGUCGCGGCUUCUUGUGCUCGAGUGCAGGCCACUCCCUUCGCUCACCCACGCGCAGAGGAGAUUGCGCAGCACUUGGCCACGUGCGGUUACAACAAGUGGGGUCAAGAGCGUGUCUAUAGCGGGCGCACUGGCAGGAUGAUGGAGGCCAUGGCCACGGUUGGCCUCACUUUCUACCAGCGUCUGCAUCACUUGUCCGAGGACAAGAUGAAGUGGAGGGGUGCCAGUGGACCCGUACACCCGCUUACUCACCAGCCAGUCAAGGACAGGAAGCGGGAGGGGGGAACCAAGUUUGGCGAGAUGGAGAGGGACUGCCUCAUCUCCCAUGGUGCCUCUGCCACUGUCAAGGAGAGGCUCUUCUUUGUUAGUGACAGGUCCCUAGUCCCAGUCUGCACAAACUGCCAUAGGCUUGCUAUCCUCAACUGCAAGCAGCACCCUCGCUGCCUCUUUUGCAACCCGCAGCAACGCAUUGCCACACUAGACAUGCCACAUGCGUGUAAGCUCUUGAGCAUGGAGCUCAGAUCCAUGGGCGUGGACAUGAGAUUCCGAGUAUCACAACACUGACAAAAGUCAUGGAAGAGUAUCUUUUCCUGUCUUGGUCCGAUGUAGCGGCCAAUAACGAGCCAGGCGGGACACGUGGAUGAUGACAUGGACAGAGAUCGGCAGGGAGAUCCGACGUGGCGGGGAGGAGAUCGGUUUGUUACAGGGGAUCGGGCGGCGCAUCAGGAGGGACUUCUUGGGAUGCAGCAGGGCGGCGAUAAAAGGGAGAUCAUCUCAGGAGCAAACCCAAGGGGCCGGCGAGCAGGGGCGAUCAAGAUUCGAGCAAGGUGAGGGCUUUGAGCUCGUGUGAACUCUAGUAAGCCUUGCCUGGGCUUACGCCCAUUUUGGAACCACUACACUGAUCAGUUAUGUCAAUUUGGAUAUUUAAUUUGCCACCA